CAAAAGUGCAGAAACGUACAGGCCUUCGUCUGCUGCGACUGGGCGGCUGUGGCUUCUCUUUUGUUAGUGUGUGCUGCGAGCGUGUGCGUUCAAACGUGUGCGCAAUUAUUACUAGUUGUAAGAACACGGAUACGCUGUGCAUUUGUUCGAAAUGGCGUCAUUGUUGGCAACGGCUAUGGAACUCGUUGACUCUGACAGUGACGAGGAAUUCGACGCAGCUCUUUCCGUUGCGUUGUCCAAAGUGGCACGGGUCGACCGUCACCGAAUGAACGGGUACUUUGAGAAGGUGACAACUGAAUACUUGGACUUUGAAUUCAAAAUGCUGUUUAGGCUGUCGCGUGAGACUUUUGACAGUCUGUGCAUGUGGUUCAGGUUGUCGCCAUUCUACCCGAAAAGUGUCUCCGGCCGUCCGCAGAUCACAGCAGAAAAGACUUGCCUCAUAACUUUGAGCUACCUUGGUGCACAAACAAGCAUGUACUCGGUGGCAGAUAGAUUCGACGUUUCUGAAUCAUCAGUUGUGCUGUGCAUGCAGAGAGUGCUAAAUUUUCUGCAGGCGAUCAGCGCUGAAGUGAUAUGCUGGCCUAGCGCUGCCGACAUGGCCCGCAGCAAAAUGGCCUUCCUGACAAAAAGCGUUUGCAACGACCAAAACAGAUUUUUGGAUGUCGUUAUUGGCUUCCCUGGUUCUGCGCAUGACGCCCGGGUGUUGAGAGAAAGCACCUUCUUUGAAGAGGCUGCAGCCAAGUGCGGUGACUUUUAUAUACUUGGAGAUUCAGCAUACCCCUUGCUGCCUUGGCUUAUGACGCCGUACAAAGACAACGGCUCCAGCUUUCCAACAUGGAAAAAAAAAAUUCACCAAGUUUCACAGUCAGCAAAGGGUGGCCAUUGA